UUUAUUUAUAAAACCGAGACAACAUUAAAUUUUUAUAUUAAUUAUUAACUAAUAAUAAUUAAAAACGUAUAUUUAAUUAUUAUUUAUAUAAAUAUAUUUAAUUAUUCACAAGUAAAAUGUAAAAAAUAUUAUUUCAAAUUUAAAAGCUUUUAGUCGUUAGAAGUUCGUGCAAAAAAUUCAUAACCUCUAAUUAUUUUUCUGCGCAGGAGACAGAAUUUAGCCGUCAAAUAAUUUUAGGAUUUUUUUAAAAACCACAAGUUAAAAAAAAAAAUAUUUUGAAUAAUUGCGCCUACAGUUUUUUUAAUUUUCUACAUGCGCAUAUUUUUUAAUUUUUUUAAUCACUUCUGCGCAUUGUUUUUGUUUACAUCCAUUCCAAGUUUUAAAGUGUUGAUAAAAUAAAAAACAAUAAUGACUGUUGAUGAAAAUGACCAGGUGAUUUUUGUGACCGGUGGUUAUGAUCAUACGAUAAAAGUAUGGCAAGCCCACACUGGAGUCUGUCAGCGAACUCUCCAGCACACGGUGUCCCAAGUAAAUUCACUGGAAAUAUCACCAAACAAACACACGAUCGCCGCGGCGGGUUAUCAGAACAUAUUCAUGCAGGAUUUAUCAGCCAGCAACACCAACAUCGCACUCAACUACGAAGGAGCAUCAAAAAACAUAACAAGUCUCGGGUUCCAAGAGGACGGCAAGUGGAUGUUCACUGGCAGCGAAGACUUCACAGCCCGGAUAUGGGACAUCAGGUCCGGAACUUUUCAGUGUCAGCGAAUAUUCCAAGCAUCUUCACCAGUGAACUGCGUUUGCCUGCAUCCGAACCAGUCGCAGCUGAUCGUCGGUGACCAGACCGGGAUCAUCCACCUCUGGGACCUCAGGUCUGACAGGAACGAGCAGCUGAUCCCAGAAGCCGAGGCCUCGAUCCAAGACGUCGCUAUCAAUGCCGAGGGCACUUACAUGGCUGCUGUCAACAACAAGGGAAAUUGCUACAUCUGGACACUGACCGGAGGCGUCGGCGAGGAGAUGACCAAACUCCAUCCUCAUCACAAACUCACUGCGCACAAACGCUACGCGUUGAAGUGCAAGUUCAGUCCGGACUCGUCGUUACUGGUGACAACUUCCGCUGACCAGACUGCCAGGGUAUGGAAGACUUCAGACUUCUCACCGUCAAUUGUCCUUCAGCAUGAGUCCAAACGCUGGGUUUGGGAUGCAGCUUUCAGCGCGGACUCGCAGUACAUUUUUACUGCAUCCUCUGAUGGAAUCGCGAGAUUGUGGAACGUCAACACUGGGACUGUUGAACGCGAGUAUCAAGGACAUCAGAAAGCAUUGACAGCUUUAGCUUUUCAAGACCAAGUUAUUUAAUUAUAAUUAUUGUUUAUUUAUUUGUAAGCUACUUUAAUAAUUAAAUGCUGUAUAAAUAUUAUUUAAUUUAAUGAAUAAAAACUUACAUAGACGCA